AUGGCGUCGACGUCAGACAUGCACGGUUCCUCGCCUGUCCCAACCCUGCCGCAUCCCCACGACAACGGUCGCUCGCAUAUGUCCUCACUUUCCUCAUCCUCAUCCAUCUCUGACGUCGAAACCGAACGAAGAGGACGAUCCGAACGCCCUCGCAUGGCCAGUCGAAAACCGAGUGCGUCCAUCCUUGUACCACGAGAUCACCCCGAAAUCGAGAUUGAAGAAGAGGAAUUCCCGCCCGACGACGCGCGCGCCAUGAGUCCCCGCCGAAAUUCCGCAGAUCUGGAGCGACUGGGCAAGGAGGCCAGGCAAACAUUACAGGAGCAAGCUAGAGCCCUUCAAUCCUCACUCCAAGCGCUAGCAGAACGCAUCGAAGCCGUGAAAUCCGAUCAUGACAAACUGGAAAGCGAAAACAAGUUCCUUCAGGAUUAUAUUGGUGGAUUGACCCGCAACAUGACCAAGACGGAAAUGGGACGGACGAGCACCAAAGUCAGAAAGGCGCAGAAAUAA